CUGUUGCUGUUGCUGUUGCGACUGCUGCUGCUGCUGCUACUACUGGGUUACUGCCUGUGGCAGCAGCGACGCGUCCAGGGCUCUGGUUGUUGCGAGCCGCCAGCAGGAACGCGGAUUUCCGACUGAUGAUGUUCCAGUGAUGACGAGCGCCGAGCAGCAGCAGCAGCAACAGGACGAUGAAGCCAACGCGCUGUCGUCACAGUUCUUUUAUUUUUGAUUUUGGAGUCCCGAUUAACAGCCUGAUCUAAUUCUACCAGGUUUGGCGAUCGUCUCUAAUACAGAUCAUCUUUUUUUCGUCCCAAAUGGCGCGUUUACUCUCUUUUGCGCUAAUUGGUUUUCAUUUUUCGCUUUGUAUUUACUCGAAUUGACUUUCAAUUAAUUGCACUUUAUAUAUAUCUACAUUUUUAUUUUCCAUAUAUAACAUGCGGAAUCUGUCCAUUCAGUCAGAAAUUGUGGUCAGCCUACCAGGAUACCGCGUGCUGGGCGGCUGGGACCACAGCAGCAGCAGCAGCAACAGCGACAGCUUCGAGCAGCGGGACUCACCUGCGGCAGCGCUGUGCGUGGACGUGACAGAGCAAAAGGCAUACGUCCUACUGUCGAUUCCACUCGGAUCACUAACAACAGCAGCAGCCGCAGCAGCAGCUGAGCCCGUGUGCGUGCUGCCGUUCUCGGCAUCUGACGCACAGAUCGCUGGCAUGCAGUACUUGAUGGAGCGCGAGAGCGUCGUUGUGGUGCUGCGCUCGGGUGACAUCUACACGAUUGGCGUGGCGACAGGCGAUAUUGAAGCGGUUGGCACUGUGGACCCAGGCAUCGUCAGCAGCGCGUGGAGCCCCGACGAGGAGGUGCUGGCGCUGGACUUUGAUGUGCUGGCCGAGUUUUUGCUGGCGCAGGGCGAGCAGGGUGAGGAGCAGCACGUGGCAUUGGGCUGGGGCCGCAAGGAAACGCAGUACCAUGGCAAGGCCGGUAAGCAGGCGGCGCUGGCCGACUCGGCAGUGGCGGCCGAGCUGAGCCGUGACGACGACUACUGCGUGCGCGUGGCGUGGCGCGGUGACGGUGCGUUCUUCGGCGUCACGUUUGUGCGCGGCGGGCGGCGCGAGAUCCGCGUCUUUUCGCGCGAGGGCGCGCUGCACAGCACGGCCGAAAGGAUACAGGCGCUGGAGCACCCGCUGGCCUGGAAGCCGGCCGGCCGGCUGCUGGCGGCCACAGAGCGGCUGGCGCACCGCCACGACGUCGUCUUCUACGAGCGCAACGGGCUGCGCCACGGCGAAUUCACGCUGCGCGAAUGCACGCGGCGCGUGGUUGAUCUGGCGUGGAACUCCGACUCGUCGGUGCUGGCCGUCACGGCGCUGGUCGACUGCGGCAGCGGAGGCGCGCUGGAGCCGUGCGUGGAGCUGUGGGCCGACCGCAACUACCACUGGUACCUCAAGCAGGAGCUGCGCGCGUCGGCGGUCGGCGGCGACAUCAGCCACGUCGUGUGGGACGCCGAGGACGCGCUGUGCCUGCACGUUGUCGGCCGCGCAGCCUACGCGCCGUGGUCCAAUGUGCCGCCGCCGAUGGCGCUCAACUCGCUCGACGCCGGCACUGCCGUGGCACACGUCGCCUUUGCGGCCUUUGGCUGCGGCAACAGCUUCGCGGCGCUGCUGGCCGACCGCCGCACGGCCGUUCUCUUCAGCGCCGAGGAGGCUGCCGACAGCGUGCGCAGCGUGCGUGCCCCGGCCGAGCAGGCGCGCGUGCUGAUGGUGCCGGGCGUCGUUGUGCGGCAGAUCGCCUGGCCCAGCGCGCACACGGUCCGGCGGAGGGGCGGCGGCAGCUACCGCCAGGUGGUGAGUGUGGCCGACGUCGACACGGGCAGUACGCGGGUGUACUACGUCGACGAACUGCUUGGCUGCGAUGCUGAGCCGGUGUGUCUCAAGGCUGCGCCGCACGCGCAGGCGCUGCUUCUUGAGACCGCCGACAGCCAAGUGCACGCGCUGGUGCUCAGCGGCAGCGCAGUCCGCGCCAAGCGCCUCGCGCAGCUGCCGGCCACUUGCAUCGACAUUGAUGCUGUGCUUGUCGACGGCGCUGUUGUUGUCAUUGGCCGGACGCAGCGCAACCAGCUCUCGGUGUGCUCGUCGUUCUACCUGCGCCGCGACAUGCUCCUGUUUACCACGACAACCCAUUUUGUACGCUUCGUGCCUGUCGACAGCGGCAUCCUCACAGCCGCGCCGUCCGAGGAGGAGGCGCUGGUUGCGGCAAAGUACGACGAGAGCUGCCGUCGGGUGGAGCGCGGGUCGACGAUCGUCGUUGCAUCGCCGGUCGGCGAGAGUGUCGUUUUUCAGAUGCCGCGCGGCAACCUCGAGACUGUGCGUCCGCGGGCCCUUGUGCUGACUUCGGUGCGCCGUGCACUGGACGAUCGCCGCUACAGAGACGCGCUGCUCGCGUGCCGCGUCAGCCGCAUCGAUAUGAACAUCCUGUACGACCACAACGCCGACCAGCUGAGCGCUGACUUUGCUGAGUUUGUUGCCCAGAUCAACGACCCCGAUCUCCUCAACCUGUUUGUUUCUGGCCUGAGGGACGAAAACGUGACGCGCACCAUGUACAAGGGAAUUAACGGCGUAUCCUUGGACCACCAGCAGCAGCAGCAGCGCUCCGCAUCUGUUGAGGGCAAGGCGACACGCGUAUGUCAAACACUGCGCCCAGUGCUGCAGGCUACCGGCGAUGCCCGCUUUAUGCCGACAGUGCUGACAACAUUUGUGUGCCAAUCUCCGGCAGACAUCCCCGCCGCACUGCAGCUGCUGGCCCCGCUGUCUGCUGAGGAGCGCGACUCGGCGCUGACGUACCUCCUAUUUCUGUCGGACGUCAACACUGUCUACGACGCAGCCCUUGGACUCUAUGAUUUGCCGCUGGCGCUGCUUGUUGCCCAGCGCAGCCAGCGUGACCCGCGCGAGUAUCUGAACGCCCUGGGUGCGCUCAAUGCGCUGCCCAACGAGGAGUACCGCCGAUUCAAGAUCGAUGCGCAGCUCGAGCGUGGCAUCAAGGCGCUGGGCCAUCUGUGCACCGCGUACGAGCAGAUCGGCACCACUGCCGAUAAGGAGGCGGAAAUGUGGGCCGAGAUUGUCGCCUACGUGAAACAGACAGUGCUGUACCAGCGUGCGAUCAGCAUCCUGUCGGCAAGCAAGAACCAGCGGCGCUUCCGUGACAUGUGCGAGCUCUAUGGCGACCACCAGGCCGAGGCCAACACCAGCGAGCAGUGGCGCCAGGCGGCAAUGUCGUACGAGCUGGCUGGCGUGCACGCGAAGGCUGCCAAUGCCUUUGUGCAAGCCAAGCAGUGGCAAUUGGCGAUGGCCACAGCCAGCGCUCCCGGAUCUGGCCUUACCCUUCAAAUGGUCCACGACACGGCUGUGCGCGCCAGCGAGGUGCUCGCCGAGCAUCACUUGUUCCGGGAUGCCGCUGCUGUGCUUCUUGAGUACACCGAGAAGGAUGAGGAUGCAUUGGCGCUUCUUGUGCGCGGUGGGCACUGGGCCGAGGCUAUGCGCAAUGCGCUGUCGCGCGAGCGCUCCGAUCUGGUCGAGACCACCGUGCGUCCGGGGCUGACUCGCGCGUGUGAGACUCUGGGCGAUGACUUGGACGAGAUUCGCGAGGCGCUGGCCUCCAAGUGCGCGCGGCUGCGUGAGGUGCGCUCUACGCCGCUCGAGAUGAUUGUUGACCAGAUUCUGGCCAUGGCUAAUAAUGACGGCAGCUGCAGCGGCCCCCUGCCAGACAACAUUGAUGUCAUGUCUGACACCACGUCGAUGGCCAGCCGCUUCAGCUCGUUCACGGCAACUGAGACCAACGCGUCGUCGCGGAUGACCGGCUCGACAGCGCGCCGGAUAUCGAAGAACCGCAAAAAGGAGGAGAAGCGCAAGGUGCGUGGAAAGAAGGGCAGCAUCUAUGAGGAGUCAUACUUGGUCGACUCCAUCUCCAAGCUUGUUGACCGCGUGCGCGUGCACCAGACAGCAGUGCGCGAGAUAAUCUGGGCGCUUGUGCACUUUGGCCAGCUCACAGUGGCAUCCCAAAUGCAGAGCUCAUUUGCUGAAUUGGUGGACCAUGUAUUGGCAGAGGCUGCCUAUGUUUUCGACGAGCAGAGAGUGCAGAUGCGCUUGGGCGAGAAUGGCUUACCUGAGCCUGUGCCAAUGGAGGUUAACGAGUUUGGUAUGACAUCGCAACCGAAGCAUCCAAAGCCCAUACUGCCAAGUUACAGCUGGAAGAUUGAUUCGCUGAAUCUAGCUAGCAAAUAGUUAGUGUGUGUACAUCAAUAUACUUUAAAUUGUUGUAAUAUAUAAUCAUACAGACUUGAUUAUCC